CCCGUCCCUUCCCCUCACGCACACGAUGGCGCUCUCCAAGCACACCGUCGCCGUGCUCUUUGCCCUUCUGGCCAUCGCAGCGACGCUGCAGCCGUCUGACGCGAGGCUCUGGUCCGCCGCCGCAAACCAAGAAGAAGCCAAAGCCACCACCACGGCCGAUGGAGGCUCCCCGUCUCUUCCCAGCCUGCCACUGCCUCAGAUCCCCGGUAUGCCCAGCCUACCACCAAUAUUCCGCUCCCUUUUCCCGCCAUUGCCCCAGAUCCCCGGCCUGCCUCCGCUCUUUGGUGCACCGCCAUCCCAAGGGUUGCCUCAGAUCCCCGGCAUGCCACACAUCCCACUCCCCACUCGAUCGCCACCACCGCCACCUUCGAAGGAGUGCCUGACGCCGUUGACGGCCAUGAUACCAUGCAUGGACUACCUCACCAACAUCACCGUGUUCUCGCCUCCGGGCGCAUGCUGCGAUGGCCUCAAGUCGGUCAUCAGCAGCGCGCCGAUCUGCCUGUGCCACGGCCUGAACAACAAUGGCGGCAUGAGCAAGCUGUUCCCCAAGCCCAUCGAUCCCAUCCGGAUGCUCAUCCUCCCGGCUAGGUGCGGCGCCAUGAUACCCUUCCAGACGAUCUUCUCGUGUGGCACCCAACCAUUGCCGCCGCUGACGCCUCCAGCUAUGUCUCCGGCGCCUCCUGCUGCUGCUUCUCCCGCGCCAUCACCAUCACCUUAAGAAUCACCCUAGCUAAAGUGGCAAAAGGAUGGAUGCAUGGAUCGAAUAUGGUUUCGUCAGGAUUAGAUUAUCUGGAUAUAUAGAGUCAAAUUAUCGUUCUAGUUGGUUUCGUUUAGGUACCAAGAAAAAUAUCGAUCAGCUAGGCUAGCGUUUAGGGGUUCAGAGCGUACUUCAUACGUAGUUCCCAGUGCUACUCAGUUACGUACAUUAUUAGUAGAGUUAUCAAUCAUGUAAUCGCUAUUGGGUAAUAUAUAAACUAGUAGAUGCAUAUUAUGUUAUUGCUGCCCAUAA